CCGUCCCCAACGCCGCCGCCGCCGCCGCUAAUGCGGCUGCCUCGGGCCGGAAAGCCGCGUCCGUCGCGAAUUCGGUCCCCAGUGUGCCCACUAUCCGGCGGUUCCCCGGAAACAGCAGCUGCGGCCUCCCACGUUCCGCCGGCCGCGCUCUCCUGACUCGCUGCCUGUUUUCGCGCUCUCUACCCGGAAGAUUCGUCGGGUUGGCUCCGUGAGAUGGAGGAGCCUGCUAAGGCAGCGCUUACAUCGGAGGGAGUGAUCGUGUCCGCAGAGGAGAGAGAGGCGUGGAUGGAGAGGGCAAUGCUCAUGGCUAAAGAAGCCCUAGAAAAUGGAGAAGUUCCUGUUGGGUGCCUCAUGGUCUAUAACAAUGAAGUUCUGGCAAAAGGAAGGAAUGAAGUUAAUCAAACUAAAAAUGCUACACGACAUGCAGAGAUGGUUGCAAUUGAUCAGGUCUUAGAGUGGUGUCAUCAUUAUGGUAAAAGUCCUACAGAAGUAUUUGAACACACUGUAUUAUAUGUCACCGUGGAGCCAUGUAUAAUGUGUGCAGCUGCCCUUCGCCUGAUGAAAAUCCCUCUUGUUGUGUAUGGCUGCCAGAAUGAACGAUUUGGAGGUUGUGGCUCUGUUCUUGAUAUUGCCUCUGCAGACUUACCAAAUACAGGGAUGCCCUUCAAGUGCAUUCCUGGAUAUCAAGCUGAGGAAGCAGUGGAAAUGCUAAAGACCUUUUAUAAACAAGAAAAUCCAAAUGCACCAAAAUCAAAAGUCCGGAAAAAGGAAGGUCACAAAUGUUGAACUUCAUCUGAUAGAAGACCAAUAGAAGACCAAUCCUUAAUAGUUACCUCAACACAAUUCUUGGAAUGGAAGCAUUUAACAUGAUUGAAUCACAUAACAAUGGUUCAUCCAUGCAAGCCAAUCUAAUGUUUCACAAAUUCAACUCCUUGUCAAUUUACUGUCUUUCAUUUUUGGAAUGCUCUUCCUUCUUAUCUCUACCUCUCAAAAUACUUAGUUUUUUCAAGAUUCAUUUCAAGUCCCAUCCUCUGCAGGAAGUCUUUCUUGGUUCUCCCAGCUAGAAAUGCCUUAAUAUCUUAACAAAGGAUACCUUGUAUUUACUUUGUAUAUGUCUUAUUUCUAAAUAUAUAUGCACAUGUUGUACAUUAGA